AACUUAUAAGUUCCGUUCGGAUAUUUUUGUAUAACGGUCUGGAUCCGGUUUCAGUUUUUCCGGUUCGGGUUUAGGUAGGUACUUCGGGUUGGGGUAAAAACACGCAAGCCUACCAAGUUGUAAACCUCAAACCGUUUAAUUAAUCAGACCAAGUAUAGACUCUAACUACAAUAAUCCGUGAAAAGAGGGUCUUUUGUGUAAAUACCUUAAAACUCAAAAACUUGUUUUGGAUAAUGCGUAAACUAACUAGAGGUGGUUACACACUCUGUAACGACCCCCUCUUCUUCAAGAAGAUGAUAAACACACUUCAAUCUUUUCGGACAUCUUUAACACCAAAUGUUCUGUCCAAUGCCUCAAAACAUUCCAUUUCAAGAACUCAGUUCAUCUGUCUCUCGAAAUCCACGGGAGAUGGAACUUCAGAUUCCGAUCCCGAUCGUCCAAAGCCCGAAGGAGAUACUCGGAGACAAGAACUCUUGGCCAGGAUCGCCAUGCUUCAGACAUCGAAAGUCCGUUUAACUGAUUUCUUGGACGAACGGUCAGAUUACCUCACCAAGUUCGCUGAAGAAGCUAACGCUGAGUUUGACAAGGUUGGUGAAGACGCCAUGAAAGACCUCGACGAAGCAAGCUCAAGGAUAUUAGAGAACAUUGAGAGCAAGAUGCAAGCGUUUGAGGAAUCUGCGGGGUUGAACAGGUUGGAGAUAGAGGAGAACGAUAACAAGCUGGCUGAGUUUGAGGAGAAGAUCGUGGAAGACAGGAAUGAAGGAUUGUUCUUCAAGAGCUUGCGAGAUAAGAAGCCUGUGGAUAUAGAGAAAGCUAAAGAGGAGACUGAGAGAAUACAAGAGGUUACCAAAGUAAGUGCAGGAUCAAAGUCGAGAAGGAACAUUUACCUCGGUUUGAUUGGGAUCUUGGUUGUAACAAUUGCUGAUUCGUUUGUUUCUUCCCCGGAUUGGAGAAAAGUCGCGGUUCUUGGAGCUAUUCUUGUUGCACUUCUUACUCAGUUCGUGUAUGAGCAGACAUUGUUAUCAGAAGAAGUAGAUAAGGGUAAAGGAAACAAGAAGGAAUGAAUGAGAGACAGGAAGACAUUAUGUUUACUCGAAUCAUUCACACAAAUGUGAGUCACCCAUAUGCUCGUAAUGUAUGUAUAUUCCACUGUAUAAAUGCUAUUUAGGGAAAGACGACCAUGUCAGAGUGUUCAAUGAUCUUGCUUUGUUAAACAAGUAACUAAAUUAACUGAAAUUUUGGAACCAA